AUGAGCAAUACUUUCAAAAGAAACAAUACAAUUAACUCCAUACUUAACCAUGAAGACACUCAAAGAUCAUCUUCCUCCAAGAACCCCCAUUCUAUUGACAUAAAUGCCACUGCAACUAGUAACGUUCCCACCUCUACUGAUAAAACCGAAGGCGCACUAACUGAUGAUAAUUCCCUUGGUGUUACCAGCUUAUUAUUCAAUCUGAAGUCUACAAAGUCUCUAUUUGAUAUUUACUCUAAAAGUAAAGUAUCAAAGGCUGAACUAACUAAUUUAUUACUACAGACUUUAAAUGAUUUGGGUUAUAAAAACACUUUUGAUACUUUAAAAAACGAAUCUAAAAUUGCUCUUAAUCCUACUGAUAUUGAUUCGAAUAAUACGGACCCUGAUAACAAGAUUUCAAAUUUUAUUAAAUACAUUCAAAUCGGUGAUUUUGAUAAAGCAGAAGAUUUAAUUCCUUUUUUGUCUUUCAAAACAAAUUAUUUUGAUACCUUUAACACUGAUCUUAUUUACCCAGUUUCAGUCGCAAAAUCUAUCAACAAUAAUAUUGAGGAUCACGAAAUUAAAAAAACAAAUGCUAAAAAGGAGCAAUCUUCAGAAGAGAUUUUAAGAAAAUUAGAACUGGAUACCAUAAAUGUUUUAAAAACUUUGACCAAAUCAUUAAUAAAAAGACACAAAUUAUUAGAAUCUUUAUUUUUACAUAAUGACGUCCUAAAAUCAACCCAAAUCUUAAUGAAUGAAAUAAAUUUUAUAAAUCUUAAACCUGUUGAAUCCUUUUUUUCAAUAUCAAAUGUUUACAGUGUUAGAGAUUUUAUUAACGACCAAAGCCUUUUACUGUCGUUAAUUUUAAACCAAAAACUAAUUUUGAAUUAUAGCCCAACCUAUUUCAAUAUCAAAGAGCUUAUUUCUUUUUUGCAAGACAACGGAUUUUUCUUAAAUCUUGAUUUUAAUAAAUCCUAUAAUUUUGAAGAAUUAUCUCAAACUCAAUUACACUCAAUGUUGAAAAUUUCAAGAAGUUUUUUAAUUAACAAACUUUCAAAAUUUUUGAAUUAUCAUCAGCUAAUACCUCCACAUAGAUUAUUAUCAAUUAUUAAUCAAGCAAGGUUGUAUCAAGAAUCCAGAAAUCUAAUCACACUAGGUUAUAUUGACGAUCCAAAUAACUCCCUUUCAAAUUAUAGUGUUAAAAAUAACAAUUCUUUGUUUGAGGAUUUUCAGUUUCCAUUAAAAAAAUUUCCAAAUAAAAUCUUACAAACUCUAGAUUUUAAUUCAGUUAGUUUUAAAACUCCUCGAAUUCAAAGUUGGUUUGUCAAAUUUUCAAAUAAUGGAAAAUACCUUGCAACUACCACAACUAGCGGAAUCAUUUAUAUUCAUCAAGUUUCAAAUUUUAAUUAUUUUGAAGAUGUUGAGGAUGAUCAAUUUUAUAAUUCAUCCAGCUUCAAAUUAGUUAAAAGGCUAGUGGGUCAUAAAAAGAAUGUUUCAUAUCUUUCUUGGUCCUCAAAUGAUGAAAAACUAUUAAGUAGUGAUUCUUGUAGGGUUAAGGUUUGGAAUUUAAUCUCAGGUAAAUGUGAAUCAAAAAUCCAUAUUGAUGUUAAUCCUGAAAAGUCAAAAAAUAAAACAACCAGCAGUGAAAAUUCCAAUGCUGGCAAUAACUCAAUGGGUACUAAUAUUAAUGUUAGUGGUAGUGGUAGCGGUAGUGGCAAUAAUAAUAAUAAUAAUCUCCAUCAUAAUGAAGAAGAUGAGGAUGAGGAUGGGGAUGAAUCUUCAAAUGAAAGAAAAUCAACUUCUAAAAAAUCCUACCCAAGAAUUUCUUCUUGUGUUUGGCUACCAAACUCUGCUGGAUUUGUUUUAGGUUCACCAGAAAAGGAAAUAAUCUAUUUUGAUGCAAACACAUUUAAAGAGAAAUUUAGAAUAUCAACUCAUAGAAUCAAUGAUUUAUGUAUUUCAAAAGAUUCCAAUUAUUUGAUAGGAAUAACUUCAGAUCAAUGUAUUGGUGUUUGGUCACUUAAAACACAUCAAUUAAUUAAAAUGAUAUCUGUUGGGAAAAAAUUAACAUCAUUGACAGUAUCAAGACUCCACCCUUCACAUGUUUUGAUCAAUGUAUUACCAGACUCCAUUCAAUUAUGGGAUUGGGCCAAGGGAAUAUUGUUGAAAAAAUUUGUCGGGCAACAGCAAGAAAACCAUAUAAUAAGAUCAUGUUUUGGAGGAAUCAAUGAAUCUUUAGUUCUUUCUGGUAGCGAAGAUGGCAGAAUAUAUAUAUGGAAUAAAAAAUAUUCAGCUUUAAUAUUAGCAUUAAAGGGGCAUAAUGAGGUUGUUAAUUGUGUUGAUUUUAAUCCAAAGGUCCCAUGGAUGUUUGCAAGUGCCAGCGAUGAUUUUACGGUUAAGAUUUGGGGAUCUGAAGAUGCAUUGGCUGAAAAAAAGAGAUAUCUAAAUGUGUUGGAAGGCUCAAAAGAACCCAAAAGAGAAAACUUGAAUGAAAACAAUAGCGAUGGGAAUUCGUCUAAAAAUCCAAAUACUUUAGAUGUUGGUAAUACUGUCAAUGUAAAUGACACUUCUAGUAGUAGUACAUCUAAUAUUAACCGUUGGAAAAAUGUUAUAGUGGACGAAUUAGAUGACGGUAAAAUAACCGAGAUAUUUAGUAAGGAUGAUGACGAUAGUGACGAAGACAGUGAUGCAGAUGAUAAUGAAAUUGAAAGCGAUGAUGCUGCAAACGAAAGCGAACGCGGAAAUGAUAACGUUGAUAGUGAUGGAGACGAGAUUAUUAAUUGA